GCGGAGUUUGAACUGCUGUGGCGCACAGAGACAUUACACUGAGGAGUUCCCAAGAAAGACAAUCACAGCAGAAAAAAGUUCCACCCAUCAAGAUCUGCCAUCGACAAGGAAGAGAAGAAACCUCCCGGGGCGAUGAUGCGUGGAUAUGUUUGAUCGGGAUUUGGAUUUGGCCUGUUUUUGUUUUCCAGAGUUGACUUCUCUGCUCGGUGAAGUUUGCGGCACAGUGCGAAGCAUGCAGCGUGUAGACCCGAACAAAGUGGGCUAAUCCCGGUGAGGAGUCCCUGCUUUGUGUCCCUCUCGACCCGGGCCAGGGGGGUGGAGAUGAGCGCUCAGGAUGGGACUGUGUCUCGGUACCGAAAUGACGGAGGAGAAGAAGGCGAGGAUCCACAGCGCCAAGAUAGACCGGGAUCUGUACGAGUCCGCCAAGAGGGAGCUGAAUGUGGUGAAAAUACUGCUGCUAGGUGAGACUCACAAUCCUCAUCUGAACUCACCUGAGCAAGUGUGCACAAGUUAGAGGCUACAAGGACUGAACUGCACCCUUGGUUCUUCUCUGUGGAUGACAUUAGGAAAGUCCUGGAGACAUGGACAGUUGACCUUCUCCACUGCUCCUGAUCCAGAUUUCUAGAUGUAACCUCCUCCUGUGUGAGAACCUCCAAUAACCUCCUAAAUACGCUUUUUUUGUCAGGAACCUCUAUUUCAACAAAAUAAAAAAUGAAACUGACGAAGUUAAAAUGCUCUUAUUAAAAUUAUGGCAGUUGUGCUAGGUUGGCUGUUGACCCGGUCAGAUCAAUAUCUAAUGAUUAGAACAAAAACUGAAAUCACAAAUGCACUGUCAGGCACCACACUGACAGUCAGAUCCUCUUCCAAUCAAGUGAGAUUUAGGAAAUUCUCAUUUUGCCUGUUUUUCCUGCACAAAAAACAAUGUCAGGCAUGUCCAGGCAUGUGAGAUCAAUUUAGUGUAGAUGUCUGUGUGAGGGGUAUCCUGACAAAGUAGUGAUGGGCACGACAGUUCUUUUAGAUGUACUGAAUCACUAUAAUUAGUCCACUAAAAAGCUUCAUUCAAAAGAUUCAUUCACCAGAUCACCAAAUCACUUAUUGCUUGGCGGGAGAGGCCUGCGACCCCGACCUCCUGAACUGAUACACAGCUGAACGUUUCAAGAUUCAAGAUUUUCUUAGUUUCUGGGACCAGGACACACGAGUGUUUGGCUUUGUUGCUUUGGCAAAAGUCAUGAUGUUUGAAGUGUACUGUCCUUUUGUAAGCCAUUUGUCAGGUCUGCUCAGUAAACUGGGCUCAGUGAGUGAUUCGUUCACCGGACGUUUAGAAGAAUUCACACUGAACAUGCACCCUCAAAAACUCCUGCAAUGAUAGGAUGCUGAGGGUUGUUGUGGUGGCAAUUUAGCAGUAAAAUAAGGUAGUUUUGUCCGAGAAAAGUGAUUCCAGAGAGUGUAGUUCAAUGCGUGUUUCGUUCACAAAGUGAUUCAGACAUCGGUGCAUGUGGUUCCUCGUUCGCCGGCUGCUGGCCUGGUAAUGCUGUUUCUUACUUCAGCUCAACUGAAGUGAGAAAUGAACCGAAUCACUCGUGGAAGUGAUUCAGUUCAGUACAUUCUUUUGAACGAAUCGUUCACAAACAACACAACACUAUGACAAAGAAAGGCCCUGAGACCCACUCCAAAAACUAUUAUAAUCAAUAUUUUAAUGGAUAAUGAAGCCUAAUAAGUUAACCUGGAUAUGAGAAUUAAAUUGGAUGAUAGAGAAUUGUUUUUAGUGUAAUUUACAGCUGAUUUAAGACACUGGCCGAAACUGACCCUUAACAUAGUGGGUGCGUAGUAAAAUCUAACACAGGAGGAAGGUUUAACUUCUGCAGACGCAAUGAUCACAUAAUGAGAGAAAAAGAGAAAAUAAAAAUGUUCAUGUUUUUAUGGAUGUAUGAAGUGAUAAACAGACCCGGUUUAACCUUAAUGUGAAUCCUCCUCCAGGUGCAGCAGAGAGCGGUAAAAGUACUUUGGUGAAACAAAUGAAGAUCAUCCACAGUAAUGGAUUCACCAAACAAGAGCUGGCAAGUUUUAAGGUUGGAAAACUACAGACACACACACACACACACACACACACACACACACACACACACACACACACACACACACACACCUGUCCACUCUGCAGCCUGGUUGAUCUCUUUUUUUCUCAGUCUGAUAACAAUCUCAUUAGCAUACAGUCGGCCUGCUGUCAUGGUUUUCAGUCAGGGAGAGGUCAAUAAUCAUCCUAUCUCUUGUAUCUGAUAGAGAGAGUGUGUCAUUUUCAAGUCAUUUUUAAGUCAUCUCCAUGUGACUUCAGUGUUAAGAGUUAAAGAGGAAAGGAUUAUGCUUCAGGCCAGAAAAAAAACCUCUAACUGGAGGAUAUUAAAAAUGUGGAUAGUGAUCAAGAAGAGGCGAUGCAUGGAUCCUGUGAGAGAGCAGAUUUCUCUUGAUAUCCCGGGUCACACUCAAGUUGGUAUGCAGUGGUUUGGCUUUGUUUUUCGUGUGUGUGUGUGUGUGUGUGUGUGUGUGUGUGUGUGUGUGUGUGUGUGUGAGACAGAGAGAGUGAAAGCCAAAUUCCUCUGUUAUGCAUGCAGAGUUUGGACUGUGGGGAGUUUCACACACACCAGCAGCUUCACCCAUCAGCUUGUUUUUACUGACGCCUUAUCGUCGUCCACAUCUCCUGUCCUUUUUACACCUUCCUUUUUUUCCAUCUCUUCUCUGUAGUUUUUACUUUUUCUGCCUCCUCCUUUGCAAAAUGAGCAUGUGAUGACAGAAGAUUUGUCUCUUGCCUUCGUCAUGCUUCAGGUACCUGCUCCAUAAUAGGUCCUGUCUCUGAAACAGUGCCGGCCUUUAAAGAUGUGGAUUGUUAAAGUUUGAACCCUCAUCGAGCGCUUCAUUGAGUGGUCAGUUUGCAAGGAAAGAUUUAGAGAUACACAGAGCGUUGGUGUUUUAAAUGUGAAAAACACAAUUGCAUGUUUUCCCAACUCUGCACACCGGCCAGGAUUAAUCUACAGCCAAAUUGGUAUUUUAUUCCAGCCUUUUUCAGUGGGCUAAGCUUCUGCAUCAUAGAACUAUAAGCAUGCUAGCUUUCUAAUUUAUUUACACUGAAGUACAGCCUCACUGAGCGGCUUACAUGGCUGUGUGCUUAAACUUUUAUUACAAAAAAAUCUGACCAAAGGUUGAAGAUAAAUGUGAAAUAAGCAGCUGUAAAGGCCUGAAAUGUUUCUGAAACUGUAACAGCCGGUUAGAGAAAAGCUAAACCUAAUAUUCGCGAGCUCACUGGUAUGAUGAUAGCUUUUAGCAGCUGUUAGUAUGAAGUAUACAAAAGUGUAAAGGUUUAAAGUGAUGGAAAGAGGGGUAGGAGAAAGGCAAAGAGAGAGUAGGAGAGGUCUUGAAUAUCUGGGAAUCUUUUCAAGCAUCCCAUCUGCUUCUAUGAACAACUGGACCUCAGUGUGGAAGAGCUUAAUAUCUUGACUGUUACCAAAUAUCAAUACUUUAAUUUACAGGCGACAUUUUACUCUAGACAGACUUUUCUACUAAUUUGGCUCAUAAAAACUAUUGCAUUACAUCAUAUUGUAAUCAUAGACUGUAUAUACGAUGGAUGUCUUGAUGCUUCCUUUCCUUCCUCUGUGAGAACAGCACCACCUGGUGACUGGUUGCAGUGUAGGUCAUAAACCACGCCUCCUCCAGCAAAAUAAAUGGAGCUGUGGACAAACGUUAAAAACUAAUAAGUCUUAUCAUUUUUUUCACUCCUGGUUGCGAUGUUGACAUGUGGGUAUUGAUACACUGGUUUGUGCUCAUGUCUUCUUUCUUUAUCUGCAGUUCCGUUUUUAAAAGUUAUCAUGGGUUAUAAAAAUAGGAAAUGAUGUCGGGAGCUUUUGACUACAUAUGAUGAUGGGAGGCGGAGUCACGUAUCAUAUUGUGUGAUAUUGUAUCUUAUCUUACAGUCUCAUAUCGUAUUGUAUCAUAUUGUAUCAUAUUAUAUCAUAUCAUAUCUCGUUAUCUCCUAUCAUAUUAUAUCAUAUCAUAUCAUAUCUCCCAUCAUACUUAUCAAAUCAUAUCUCAUUACCUCAUAUAAUUUCUAAUUAUCUAAUAUCAUAUCAUAUCUCAUUAUCUCAUAUCAUGUCAUAUCAUGUCAUGUCGUAUCAUAUCAUGAUAUCAUAUCAUAUCAUAUCCUAUCAAAUCAUAUCUCAUUACAUCAUGUCAUGUCAUGUCAUGUCAUGUGUGAAACUGGUUUCCCAUCAUCUUGUACCAAAUGUACAAUAUUCACAAUUUUUCCAUUCAUCGUGUUUGUGCAGUAACAUCUGGAAAAUCAUUAUUUUCAGUUUUUUUGUCAUAAAACAAAAAACUGGAAAAAUUCAGGCAUGUCAGGAAAUCAUGAACAAAACCGUCAACUUGUAUCAUAUCAAAUUUCUAAAUAUUUCACCGCAAAAGAUUGGCUUAGAGCGAUCCUAAUGUCAUAUUUGUUUAUUUAUCACUUCACUUUUUAAAAAACCCUCAGCUAUAAAUCAUUCAGGACCUGUUUUUUUCUUUCCUUAUCUACCAGAGAAAAGAUGACAAAUCUCUGAAUGUUGUUUUGUUAUAACUCUGUAGUCAGUACACAAUAAUUCUGCACACGUACAAACACGCACCUACACACGUCCAACGCGUAUCAUCAAAUCUCUUUGUUUCCUCCGCUGUCAGUUGGCAGUGUGUUUGUUCCCAGGUGACGCCCUUAUGUUCAGGGAAAAAAUGACGGUAAACCACAAACCUGCCUUUCCCUUCCCUGACCAUCCUAACCUCCCACAGCAAACACAGACACACCCUCUCCUGCACAAACACACUCACAUAAACAUGAGCUCAUCGUUCCCAUCAGGCCUGUGUGUGUGUCUUUGACAUCCUCUGUUCACUCGUAGAGAGUGUGUGUGCGUGUGUGUAAACCCUGCAACCCUGCCAUCAACUUGACAUGCCGUCCUCCGCUUGAAAGUCUUCUUUCUCUGAUUUUUCUCUUCACGCCAGCAUGAGAAAAAGGGUCUUUUUAGUCGGGCGUUUUGUGUCCAAGUUUGUGUUGCACCAGGGUUGUGACAAGUCAGCCCAUCUGAGAGGAAGAAAGGAAGAAAGGUGAGACAGGGGGGCUCCUCUUUGUCUCCUCAGCCUCAGGCCGUGGUGUUGUUUUUACUGUGAACAGGCUGAUCGACUGAGAUUUUUUUUCCUUUUCCACAUUCUCUCCUAACACACACAACUCUGUAUCAACAAAAACACAUGUUGAUAUGAGUGACACUUCUGCGCGGGAGUUGGAGAUCUUUGUGAAUUCAGGUGUCUGUGUGUGUGUGUGUGCGUGUUUGUUAUAAACUAUUUCCUGAAUCUUUGCAGCAGCAGGGAUUAGUGUUUGAACUCAGCAGAGCAUGAAACCUACAAACACACACACACACACACACACUCUCUGUCUGAAGUUAAUCAUUAAUUAAAAACCCUCGCAGUUUCAGCCACAUUCUUCCAAACGCUUCGAUGCGGGACCGCUCUUUAACGACUGUUUGUGUCCGUGCAGGGAGGUGAUUGAGGUUGGAGGUCAGUGGACAUGGAUAGAUGAAAAGGCCUCAGUGUUUUAAUGGGAGUUUUAAUGUCUCCACUGAUGCAGAGGGUGCUUCAAAGUUCCCACACUGCUUCAAAAUGUGGUGAUCAUGUGAGUGGGCAUAUCCCGAAGACAACGGCAAAGGUUGGAAAAGUGAAAGAGCACACGCACACUCGAAACAUGGUGUCGUUUUACUCUCUUCCAGUGAAGCCGGAGGUAGAUCUAGAUUACCACACAGUGACACACCUGCUGCCCCAGGGUGUGUGAGUGUGUGUUUGUGUGUGUGUUUGUGUGUAGCAGAUACGUAUUGGUCAUUAAAAAGAAAGAGCGAAUAAGGGCAGAGUGCGAGUCUCUCAGGGGUUGUUUGGUUUUCAAAGGAAUGUCUCAGCUGAAAGUCAGCUGAUCCAAAACUGUUACAAAAUGUUCCUCCACCAUCAUCAUCAGGAGAAAAAAAGAUUCUUUUCAACACACAAAAUGUGUCUGAUGUUUUGAGGAGUUAUGCCUCCCACCUGACUCAUCAACUCCAAAGUGAAGGGAGCUCGGGUCAGAGAGGGAGGAACAUGGGAACAAUGGAGAGGGAGGACAAAGGUGGAGGAGGAAAGACCAGGAAGGAAGGAAGAAAGAAAGGAAGGAUGAUUCAACUUUUUAAAAAAUCAGGAGGGUGAUUUCUGUCAUGGGCAUUUGUUUCUGUCAUGAAGCACAGAGUGGAAAGCUCAAUGUCAUCUUCUAUGGAAAAGCAAAGUUUCAUUAAUUUGGUAUGUUAGGCGUUUGUUGAGCUGAGGACAUUUGAAAGCUAAUAGUGGUCAGAUCAUGCUGUCUUAUGUAUAAAGAGAGGAGAUUCUGUCUCUGUAAAAUUAUAAACAUGUUUUUGUCAGUUUCUUUGUGACACAUGUAAAGAAGCCAAGUGUGACCAGUGUUUAAGAGCACUAAUAGUAGGCCUGAACGAUAUAUCGUUUGACUAUCGUCAUCGCGAUGUACGUGUGCGCGAUAGUCACAUCGCAGAGCCUGCGAUAUUGGAGGUGAAUGAUAUUUUUUUAAUAAUUACAGAGUAAACAUGAAACAAUUGUAACAUUUAAUGAUACGUGCAAGCAUCCUUAACUCAGUUGCCAAUCAGACUCACUUCUCAGCUGCCAGUCGGACUACCCUGCCAGCUGUCAAUCAAAAUCAGGGAGGAGAAAACCCACCCCUGCACAUGUUCUGCACAUGGAGGGAGACGUGUGUCCGCUGAGAAUUACUUUCGGAACUUUACUCAUGACUAUUAAGCCCAACAAAUAAGAACUGUAUGGGUUUUAAAAUUGUACAUUUCCGUGGACCACUCUACUAUAAGCAGUGCGCGUUUUGCGAGGUGCAUGCAAUUCUCGGAGGACAUGCGUUUCUCGGUACAGCACCGCUAACAACAACAACAACGAUCGCAAAAUGAACAACGAACAAGCGAAAACCACCGAAAAUGAAGAUUUGUUGCCAAAAAGAAAAGGAAAGUCAGUUAUCUGGAAUUAUUUCGGUUAAAGAAGGAUGAUGUCGACCAAAACACGUCUUCUGUGUUCAUCUGUUUCCACAAUAACGUCCCAGCACAAUAAAAGCUAAAAAUAUCUCUGAGACAGACAGAAGCCGUUCUACUAACAUUCACAAAAAGAGGUAAGAUCAGAGCAGAUUAACUGUCCUCAAGAUUUCAGCAGUGCAGCAUAACAUUAAGUGCUAUUCAGGUCAUCUGGUGAAAAUACUGUAUUUUUAAUAUCGCAAUAUAUAUCGCAGGGUUGAAAAAAUCGCAAUAUUAUUUUUUUCCAAUAUCGUGCAGCCUUAACUAAUAGUCAUCUAAACUCUGCAGAAAAACUCUGAAAUAAAUUUAGACUAAGUUCAGUUCGUUUGUCUUUUUGCAGGUUCAAAAAGUUUUUCACUGAAAAAGUUUGAUUUGUGUAUUUUUUUAAUAAUUACAGAGUAAACAUGAAACAAUUGUAACAUUUAAUGAUACGUGCAAGCAAGUUGUGGUUUCUUUGGACAGAUUAGCGAUUUUAUAGCUAAUGCCGACCUUUGCCUUGUGCUCGGGCCACCAGCUGAUCCGUGUUUGGAAAUGUUUGUGAAAUUUGGAUGGGCUGCCAUAACAUUUUGUGGCCACAUUUAGGCUUGACAGAUGAAUAGUAGUUGUAUUAGUUGUAAAAAACCUUUUCUGAACCCUUGAUUAGGGCUGGGCGAUAAACCGAAAAUUUACAGAUACUGAAAUUUAUGACAAUAAUCAAUGUCAUUUUGUGGAGUAGUUAUCGUCCAUUUAUCGUCAUGGAGGUGAACUGCUUGAUAUAUCGUGAUGUUGAUUUAAGGCCGUAUCGCCCAGCCCUACUUUUAACUGUUUUCUGAGUGUUUCAUCUGAACAUAAAUCUCCAUUGCUGAGACUAGAACAUUAUUCACCUCAUAACAUUCCAACCUCAGCUGAGCAGACAAAUGUCUGACAGUGGUUGAAAGUAUAAAACUUGUACAUAAUGUUUACAGUUACGUCUCUAAUAAAAACUAUCUCUUUUAUCACAAAAGCUCAUAGAUGUGACUCUUUCCCCUCUCUGUUGUAUUUGUGUUGGACCUAAAAAUCUCACAUCAUCAGUCCAGAUGUGGUAAAACUCACAGAAUUAUUGAUCUCUAGGCUUCAAGAAUGUGUUGUUAUCAUAAUUUUACAAGUAUAAUAUGAUAUAAAACUGCUUGUUUGAUGACAGUAACUAUUGAGCAAAAAGAGACAAAGCAGCUUAUUUGUGACACAAAUCAAUGCAAGGCUGUCAAAAAAGGUCCCUCUUAAACAGACUAAUUUGUCCCUCAUACGGUGGUGUCAGCAGCACUCAGCCCGGCUCUCAUCAUGAGAUAAGAUAAGAUGUCAGCCCACUGAGUUAUCUCACCUCACACCUUUCACUGAGACAGAAACACAUCUCAGUCUGGACGCUGAAACACACACACACACACACACACACACACACACACACUGAGCGCAGAGCGACCAGACUGUGAUUGAAUUGUGAUGGAAUGUGAAGCUUAUCUUUGGCUGACAGGAGAGAGACAAAGAGAAUAACACACACCGACACACAUGCACGAAUACACACUUUCCCCAACUCGCUGCAGGAGUCUCUUCAGUCUUAAGGUUCCUGAGCACCAGAACAGAGUCAGGGGUUCACUAGAUGGUCGGUUUUAUUAAAGCUGAAUAAAAAGGGAAAUGAAUAGUCGUCCUUUUAGGAUCUACUAGAGAAAACAAGUCCAUUGGUGUCAAGACAGAUCAUUUCUAUCAGGUCCUUUUUCAGUACCACUUCAGUUUAUUAUUCAUCUGCACAUGACCAUGCUGUAUACACUUUAGAUCGACUGUUCCUAACAUGUUUCAUAUUUGGUAGAGGUGAGUUUUAAAGCUGCUUUGAGAUUUUUUCAAGUGAAUUUCAUUGACUGAAAUUCAUAUUUAUGGUGAAUCUGGUGUAAAGGGGUUAGGUGUCAGCAGCUGGAAGAACAGGCUGUUUUUACAGUUUUCCACCUUAAAUUACACACCUGACAGCCGAGAGUCGGCAGGAUGGGAUUAUUUCAUUAAAAAUCACUGAUGACACCAGCCAUGGUACUAGUUAUCAAUCAUCUUUUUGGCUUUGCCUGGUUUCUUUGGCAAAGAGACUAAACACAACUUACCCACUCUCCUCCAGCAGCCGCUUGUUUGUAGCGAGACCUCAGGCCAGACCAUUACGGACCGCAGUGGGGUGACGCAGCUCAAGGAACAACAUUUAUGAUCAUUUCCUUGAAGUAAUAAUCACCAUAUUAAUCAUUUCGCACUGCAGACGCGGUAGUUCUUCUGUCUCACCGUCUCGGUCUGAUUGCAUGUCCAUGUAGAAAUGAUCAUAAAUGUUCUUCCUUGAGCUGCGUCACCCCGCUGCAGUCCGUAAUAUUGUUGGUAUAAGUUGGUAUAACUAGAGAAGCAAGCAGUCUGCAACAUUCAUCUCAAUGGGGUGUCUAACUCGGUGUUACGGUGUGUUGACUCUAAAUUAAUUUUAUGACGGAAUAUCCCUUUAAGCUGAAUGUUAGCGGCAAGAAAGCAUCACUGGCUGAUCUUGACAAAGUGCCUCUGCUUGUGUUUUGAAAGAGUUCUUUGUUGGACGUAUUACAUGUUUGUGUUCAACACAGAAACUAUCACCCCGAGUCCUUUCUGGGGGUCAUGAGUGAGUCAAUGAAACCCUUAUUUAAAAAAAACACUAUCCAUCACUUGGAGUCAUUGUUUCUUUUGUAGUGAAUCGAGAUAAAAAGACAAAAAUAAUCUGCUUCAUUUCAACAGGCUUCUUUGUCUUGGUUGAUGAGGUUUUUUUCUCUUGAAUUUAACUGAGAGGUUUUUUCUCUUUGGCAGCCCGCUGUGCUCGAUAACCUCCUGACCUCCAUGAAGUUUGUCCUCCAUGGCAUGGGCAUCAUCCGGAUCAACCUGGCGAACAGCAGAAACAAGGUGAACCAUCAGCAUGUAUUGACACAGCUGAACAUUUUCCUCUGAAUCUCUCCUUCUUUCUCCUCUCGCCUUUAUUUCCCUGCACUUCACCCUGAUCUCCACGAGAGGGCAGCAUGCGUCUGUCACAGCGUAGACGCACAAAACAGCAUCAAUUUGUUUCCUUGACGAGAAACAGAAAGCUGAACGGUGGGUGGGUUGAUUGUGAGCCUCAAUUUGAUUCUAACUUUGUUGUCAAAGUUAUUAAAGCAUUUCGACUCUCCACCCACCCAUCACAUCCUGCUGGGAGAUGACCACACGAUUUCCUCUAAUAAAUGUCACAAGUGUGAGUGUUUUGCUUUCCAAUCCGUUCAUUUGCUCAUCUAUACUGAUUACCCAGUCCGCAGAGGAGAGACAGACUCUUGAACUUUUCUGUCUCUCCCUCUUUUCCAUCCGCCCGGCGCUCCACCCUGACCACUCACCCAUUCAUCCACAUUUCUGUCUCUCUGCGUCGCCUCUCACAGGUCCAUGCUCAUUCGGUCCUGUCGUGUGGGCGGUGUUUUGACGAAGAUCAGGUGCUGUUUCCUUUCCUCAGCCACGCCCUCUCCUGCCUGUGGGCUGACCAGGGAGUGAGAACCGCCGCGUCCAGGGGAUACGAGUACGAGCUGAAUGACUCUGCCCUGUAGUGAGUAUUCUUCAAGCAAACCCUCACGCUGUGCUGAGGAGAUCCAGGGGUCUAAUUAGCCUGUCCGUCUGAUGCCUAACCGUCUGCCUCCUGCCACCAAGAAUCAGAUCCUCAGGGGGGUCUAGGGUCUAUCAUUACAUAUCCAUUUAAUAUAUUUCCAAAUGUAUACAUACAGUAUUUGUGUUUGUUUUGCAUAUGACAAAAAGAGGUAACACUAAAGAAACAGAGAGGAGAAGAGGUGUAAAAACACAUGGUGCAUGCUGGAUGUUAUCUUUUAAAACGGGUUAUUAACCCACGUUUUCAGGCUCUGUUAUGAAGGUGAAGAUGUGAGGGUUUAGGUUGAAAUUAAUAAGGUGGUGUGGAGGGGUUGGCGUGUGCGGUGCAGAAGUAAUGCAGAGCAGGAACCCACCGGGAGGCCGUCUGUUCUCAUUCCCUACCCCAGUGAGAGGCCCCAGUUUGGGGUUAUCUACACUGACAAAGCCCCUGGUUCCUGCUGAGAACCACCGAACAUCACCUUCAUCUCCGCUCUGCUCUCACACACACAUAUCUGUUCCUCUGCACUUGUGAGGUCUCACACUGACAGAAUUCAGGGUCCACACCUUUACCUUUACCUUAAUCAUUUCAGCUAGAACACACUUCCAGCCAACAGAAAUAACUGUAUAGAUAGAGAGACCAUGUUGGCUUUAAAGGGAUAUUCCUUUAUUAGUUAUUUUGAUCAAUAUUAAUCAAACUGUAUUGAACACUGGUUGAUAAAUAACCCAACUUCAUAGCUUGAGUCAAAGUAUGCUGUUCAAAUGUAACUCCAGUUUAAGUGGUUGGAUUAAAUGUACACGAAUACUUGCAUUUAACAGUAUUUGAACUACUUUUUGUCAGAUUUCAUAAUUACAUUAAUGAGGAAAAUCUUCAUAUUUUUGGGACUCUGAUUUCCUGAUUUGUUUAGUGUCUUUUGGUUGGAUUUUAGACAAAAAAACAAAACAAAAAAACAUAUCAGACUUAAGAGAAAGACUAAAUGGAAGUUUAGCGCAGAUCCAAAAGUAUCACAUAAAGAAGAUUUAAUGUAAUAUGAAGUGAAGUACACAUACUCCAAAACAUGCUUAAAAUUGUCAUAUUUUGAAUAAACUGUCAUUUAAGGGUUUUAAUUAUGAAAAAUUAUGACAUAAUUUUAAAAAAAUGUGUAUUUAUAUGUCAAUAGAUUCAUGGACAAAAAUGUCCGCUAAGACGCUAAUGUGAAAUUUUUAAAAGGGGGCCUGAGGGUUGAAUAUAUUAAUUUUACUUCAAUGUUGACAAUCACUGACAGCUGCUCUUUGUAACUCUAGAAAUAAAGAAAUAUCAACAAAAUGAAAGAAAAAAAUCAGGAAUGGGACAAAAAAGGGUGAAAACAGUAAAAAAACAGUAACUUUCAAUAAUAUUGCAAAGAUUCUCAUCAUGCAUUGAUUCACUCAUACACAUUUCCAUCCCAGAAGUUAAAAAAACAAGCGAGAGAUUUGUUAUCUUUCCGUUCUACAAAGAUGUGUGCGAAAAGUCAAGAAUGUGUGAGCAAUGCUAAGUCUUUAAUACGGUAUAAUACUGUCACAAAUGUGCGCUGUUGGUAGACACAGAGCCUGUUAGCAAAUAAAAUGCUAUAUUUAUCAGUCUCCUCUCACAUCUGCUCUCUGUCUUUUUCACGUCAAGUAAGUACUGACAUACUAAAGUCACCUGGUAAACAAACUUUAUAGAUCACUUUAAAAAUCAACCAUUGAGUAACUAAAUAGGAAACAUUAGUAUUUGAACAGCUAUCAGCUCUUAACUUAAAUGUUGUCUCAAUCACUGGUUUUGGUAUCAAUCUGAUUUCACAAUCACUGCAUCUCUCUGAGCCAUUUUAGCUGAUAAAAGUUUACAAAUUAGGGGAUAAUAAGUUCAUAUUCAGCAGAUAGUUUUGGUUUUGGAAGAAUCAGGACUGGUCAAAGUAUUUUUACAAGGUCCUCAUAAAGAUAGAAAAUCAAAACUGAUGGUCUGUACUGUGCAGCAGCCAGAGAGCGGGGAGGCUGUGUGUGUUUUUCAGCAGCGGGACUUUUGUUACGAUCCAAGAAAGUGAUUCAGGAUGACUGCUAGAGAAUGUCACAGUCAGUUCAAGUAGCUGGAUACUAUAUCACACAGUAUGUAUGAGUGUGUGUAUUUGUGUGUGACUGUCUCUCUGCUGCUUUAAUAGAUCAUCUGUGUUUGAAAGCUUAGCCUCAGUGUGUUAUUAUGGUAAACCACAGAGUGAAUAUUAAAUAUAUUAAUAUAAUUAUCAUUAUAAUUCAUGAUGAUAAACUGCUGCGCCCCUUGAGGCCCCAGUCUUAUCACUGCACACACUGCCUACUGCCUGGCAGCUAACACAAGCUUGACACACACACACACAUAUCGUACAAAUCCUUACACACCGUCUGAUACUUGAUUUUUUUUUCUCUCUUUUGACGUCAGUUUGUUUGCAGAGACCUUACACUUUCCCCUCUCUCCUCUCUUUGUGUCUCUACCUUCCUCAUUUCUUAGUUUCUUUGAGAACAUGGCCCGCAUCACAUCUCCAGAUUACGUCCCCACAGAGACUGAUGUUCUACGAGUCCGACUGAGGACCACAGGCGUGAUCGAGACCCAGUUCAAAGUCAACCACCUCAUAUUCAGGUAGAACUAUUUACACUCGUGAAGACAUCCUACAGCAGGAUGAGGACACUAAUGAUCACUGACUCGCUCAGAGCAGCUGCCACUUGACUGUCGCACCAACUUAGUUCAUUUCUGUAGCCGGGACUCUCUUAUCUCCGUCUACAGCUGUGUGAUAGGCCCCAGAUGCGAGAUGGAGAUUUGCGUAUUCAUUCAGUCAGUCAAUAUGGCUCCCAUCAGUUGUCUUUACACUCAUCUACUGACUGCACACACACACACACUGAAAGCAUGGUGGGCCUGGUCUUAUCAGUGGAGCAGCAGAGGGCAGGUAACUGACUGCUGGAGGCUGGUGUCAGACCAGCACAUUCAUCCCCGAUCAAUGGGCGGCUGUCACAUAAAACUAACUUCUGUAUCAUCUCUUAAUGGCUGAACCUGAAGCUGCUGUUAGGCUAAUAGGUGUUAAUAAGUGUAAAUUUCUCUACAUCCUGAUUGGUGCCCAUCAAAACUAACUUUGAAACAACUUCAGAAAGCUGUUAACUCAGACUGUCCAGAAAAACUUGCUGUAUCAAAUGUUAGAAACGAUGCUGCUCUGCAGAGUGAAAAUAUACUGAUUUUAGCACAAGAAAGCAAUUAAACACAAAUAUCAUAUUCAGCAAACCACCUGAUGUUGAUUAACGUGGACGCUCUCCAAUCUUCCUGUCUCCAGUGGGUCUCCAGUGGGUCUCCAGUGGGUUGGGCAAAUCCAAAAUGAUGAAAACAAGGGGGGUGUUCGGAAACAGGCUGUUAUUUGUAAAACCGGGGUGGUCUGAAAACACCCCCAUUAGCACUUGGUAUGUUCCUCCUGAUGAAAUUAACCAUAGACUGUAAAUUGAUGCGGAAAAAAUUCAAGUCGACCAAUCAGAAUUUUGGUUGACUCAGCAUGUAUGGACUAACAAGUCAACCAGUUGACUAGGACUGUACAGACCUACUUAGUACGCACUGUUGCUGCAUGCUAGAUCUGGAUGCUGCUAGACAGAGGUGCUGGAGUGGAAUCUGGAAUGGACCGCUUGUAUCGGAGUGCUGAUGUCGGAGAUUUUCGAUACAGGUCGAUAUGAUCUGAUAUUCCUUUUUUACGUGGAUAUCGGACUGAUACUCAAUAUCAAUAUCGUAUCGGGACUUCCCAACUGAAAAACACCAAAUUCUCUCUGAGGCUCACUCCAUAAGUCAGUCUAAUGUUACAAUGCCGGCAAAGAGCGAAGACCAAGUCAGGUUAGAGAGUCAUGUUUGGAAUAAGUAUUUACAUGGACGCGUUUCGGAAUAACUAUCGGCAUAAACCACCACUCUCAAUCGUAAUCAAAUUUCUUUCGGAUUGAGCUGAAUUGGAUCAGAAUCUUCCGAUCGACACGUUUACAUGACGCUUUUUUAUUCCAAUCGGGCAUUUAUUCAGAUUAUUUGUCCUCAUGUGAACACAGCUAGUGUUUGAAUGAACACAUGACCCGAUGUCUCCUCUUUAAAUCCUUUUAAGAUGGCCGAGGUUGGUUCAGUUUAUCAUGAAGAGAUGGAUAAGUCCUCUAAAUGUCACGGCAGUCACUUUUUGAGACAUUCAUCCAAAGCCAGUGAGUGUAAGACCAAGAGGUCAGUGUGAGUGUUUGCUCAUAACUCAACGUGAAGGAUUGUGGGGAUUUUCCAGGGUUUGGUUUUAAUUGAAGUGUAAUGGGCCAUGCUGAGUUAACAAGGGUCCUCUCACACACAUUACUGCAUGUGUGUCUCUUAGUGUCUGCUUACGGUGUGUCCAUCAUGUCAUGAAAAUCCAAUUCCUUUCUUCCUUUUUCUUAAUGUUGUGUACCUGAGGAGCCACAAUAAAAACAACCUGUCCUUCCUCUGUGCUCCGCGUCACAUCUCUUGUGGAAUUAUAACAAUAAAACACAUUAGCUCUGUUUUUCAUAAGGCCUCUGUUUAGCAUAUAAACUUUGUAGAGUGAGUCAGUUUGUCAGCAGAUGACUUCAGUCUGGGGUAUUUGUGUCACAUCUAAACACUUCUUGUAUUUCUUCGGGUGUGUUUUUUGGAUCAAACGGCACACACGCAGUAAACUUCCUGGUAUCUCAAACGAGGAAAAGUGUCGAAAGGCAGCAAAGAAACAGUGGUAAUAAUCAUAAAUGUGUGGUCCUGUGCAGAUAAACGCCGCUGCUCCUCACAGUAUUACUGUUUGCGUCACCGCUGAGUCAUUUGCUUGUUGUUGUUGCUUUUUAACUUGUUGUGCAUGUGGAUGUUUGUUUCUUCUUCUCUCUCAGACGUUGUGAUGAUGACGUCCCCACUAGGCGACUGUCAGAUCUCAAAGGGGGGGCAGAGUCCCAGGUGGUGCCGCAGGAUGGGACCCAGCCUCCCCUCUCCUCUCUCUCACACAACCUCUCUCUUAUAAGUAGCUUUAGAUCGUAGACAAAAGGCAUCUUAAGACUGUCGGGGGGACUUGAAGAGCUUAGCAUAAGUUGAUGCCAUUAUGUCAACCUGAGCAACAAAAGGAAAUCAAAAGGAUUUAGGAGAGGAAGAGCUAACACAUGGCAAGUUUCUUUGUUCGGGCGUGGAGAAGAUGCACAAAUAAACCAACAAAAUCCACCAGUGAGUCAAUUUAAAACACAGGAAAAGUCUUUUGAAAGGGAUAUUCCGGCGUAAAAUUAGGUUAGGGUCAAACACACCCGAAAAACACCAAGUUAGACAUCCCCUUGAGAGAUGAAUGUAGCCGAAAGCAGCACAGAAGUUUGUUUUUACCUCCCUCUUCGUCUGACGUUUUGAAGGCCCGCUGGAGUCAUGUUAUUUCUGAUGGAAAUGUACCUACAACAACUCCUAAAAUGUUGUGUGUGUGUGUGCCUACCACUUUACUUUGGACUGCUUUCUCAACAAGGGCCGGUGUAAAGCAGGAUUCGCUAAGAAUUUGAGGCUAAAUCCUGGAUCGACACCCACUGUUCACGACUCAACUGAAAUCUUUUUUCCUAGACUUCAAUAACGUAGUCACAAGAGAUAACUAUACUUACAAUAGUGCGCAUACACCAAAAAAGCUCCAAAUAAUGAGAUGACAGCAGAGAUGUAACUGUUAGCAGGAGUUAAUGUGAACUAGCAUAGACUGUAUACACUAUAGACAACUUGGUCCCGCCUUUCGCCAGUAUACGGAUUUGAAGCCAAAAAGCUCUCUGUAUUUCCGUGAUUUUUCUCCACUUCCUGGAACCAACAUUUCGCAGUAGCGUUGUACGCACUCCACCACUUGCGUAGUAGAAUUGUACUUAUUCGGUGGGAGAGUCGCCGAGAGUUGCUGUGAUGACGCUCAGCUCAAACAGCGUAUCCCCACGGGUGAGCUACACAAUCUUUGUAUGUCCAUAGGCUGUCAACAGAGGGUGCUGUUCCCGGAUUGGCUUCAUCCAGUGAGGAGGCAGACGGAGUCCAUUCUAUAUACAGUGUAUGUUACCUAGCUACAUGCUAGCUAACCAUUCAUUUAUUCAGAAACAUCCUGCUGCAGCCACAGAGUUGGAAUUUUUUUCAGAAGUAAACAUCAGCGCACGGUUCCGUAGCGCAAGCCACGCCCCCUUCUUCCAGAGAGACAGGGAAGGGCGUGGCUUGUGCUUAAGGAGGCAUGGACAUGCACAGCACACAGAAACAGCAUGUUCUCGGUAGAGCUCACUAGAGAGAGUUUUCAGGCUGAUUAAAGUCCAGGAAAAUAUUUUUUUUUUUAGACAACAAACUUCAAAUUGACCGUUAUGGGACCUCCUGAGGCCUUUGUGAACCUGCUGAAAAGGAGUAUAAUGUGGGACCUUUAAACAAGAGAGAAACGCAUAAAGAGAAUCUCAGCCUGGAUGUUUAAACCUUUGACUCGUUACUAAUACGACUACAUGAAGAGUGCAUGGGGGUGAUAGUCUCUCACCGAGCCAUUAUCUCUCCGGUGUGAGUGUCCGUGUGUGUGUGUGUGUGUCUGUGUGUAUGCAAAUGAGAAAUACGUGUGUGUGUGUGUGUGUGUGUGUGUGUGUGUGUGUGUGUGUGUAUGCAAAUGGGAAAUACGUGUGUGUGUGUGUGUGUGUGUGUGUGUGUGUGUCUGUGUGUAUGCAAAUGAGAAAUACGUGUGUGUGUGUGUGUGGAGGAGCGUGAAGUCUGAAAACUUUACACCCGGCCGCCUACUUUGCAUACAGAUGUCCUGUUUGACCCUGGACCCUUAUUUGUAAUAAAGAUCUAGCUCUUUUCUCGCCUCAUUAACAUCAAGUGCUCGGAUAAUUAUAAUUACAGAACUGUGGAGGAAAGUGAACAUUAUUGGUGGGAUGAAGAGGAAGGGCUGGAGACAUAGAAAGAUCUGUUAAAAAAAUCGCCUUUUCUGCGAACAGAGGAACAUUUUAUAAGAUGUUUGCUCUGCAUCGAGAUUUGUAGUUUUUAAGUACAUUAAGAGUGUUAUCUCCAUCGUCAGAUUAAAAUCAACCAAUGAGAUGAGUUCACUCAUCAUCAGACAUCCAUUGUUACACUAAUUCCUGCCGUCAACUGUCAGUAUGAUGAGGCUGUAGUGAGAUUUGUAGUUUGUAACCAUGAGACUUGAGAAAUAAGCGUUGUGUGUGGUUCACACAUCCUCAGCAGAAAGCAGAGAAAAGGACUUUGGUCAGUGUUUGUGAACCGACACAGCACUUACUCCUGUUCAGAGUGUUAUUAGAGGGGGUACACAUGUGCUUGUGAGUAGGUUUGUGUAAUGAAGCAUCACAUUCACUGACAUGUCCGGUGUUUGGCUUCAAUUCCCACAGAAAUUUCCACUGGAAAUCUCAUCUUGUGCCGCAGCGUCUCUGCUGUUUGCGUCCCUCUUUGAUCGUGUGUCUCCACACAGUCAUUCCUCCUCUCAAUAAAGCCGCACGAACUCGACGGGCGCUCCAGUGGAAGGUGGGAGAUGACACAUCUGGUUUUAAAAACAGGUGAAGAGGGAGGAACUGAUCCCCCUCUUUCUCCGCUCUUCUUCUCUGGUUUGUUUUUUUGCAGUCCUUUCAGAGAACACUGACCUUUAAGCUCUUCACGCCGCCGUGUUGUGAUUGUCUCUGAAAAAUGUUGUGAUUGUCUCAGGAAAAAUUGAAAAGGGUUUCACCUGGUCUGCUGAGACGUGUGACAACUCCUCCGUGUGUGAGAGAGAGUGUGUGUGUGUGUAAGUGAGUGCAAAUCUCAUAUUUUAGGAAUAUCUGACCUUAUCUGAAAGUAAUACAAUCUGUCAUUGAUCCGAGUCAGCACUCCAGCAGGCUGCAGCAUCAGUAUGCAAGGUCACAGACACACACAACGCACAGCUGUGCACGUAUCUGGUGGAAAUUGAACCCCGAUAAAGGACAUGUCAGUCACAAUGAGAUUUCAUUUCACAUACUACACUGUCACACACACAGAUACACACACGUCUCAUAUAGAGCGCUGCCUUCAGUGUGUGUUGAAUGACACACGAACAGAUCCUUCAAUCUCUGAUAGUUUUAAUACAACCACACAGAGAAUGAGGAGGUCUUCUAAGAGUCUGAUAGAAGACAGCAGAGACAGAAAUCUGUAAAACUGAGCAGAAUAAGCAGAUAACGGCUUCAAAAGUCAAUUAUCUGCAUGGGUGUGUGUGUAGCCAAUAAGGUGAUGCAUUUAAUACUGAGCAUGUGAAGACAGUGGGCUUCAACAUGUGAAACACAUGAGAGUAUUUUAAAGUGUUGGAAUCGGACAGCAGACAGGUUAGUGGGUGUCGAGGUUUAAACAGGAUACACAGGAUUUAUCAUUAAAGGUCCCAUAUUUAGCAAAUUUCACUUUAGAAUGGUUUUCUAACAAUAAUGGAGAAAAUUCUCAUUCCUCUCCCUCUCUUACUUGUUCCACCUCUCAGAAAAUGUCUGCUCAAACAGGUGGAUUGAAACUAUUGCCUUCCAUGACGUUAUGGACGGCGUUAACUCCUCCCCUCCAGGUUGGUGACCCUGCCCAGGAUGAUUGUUCUGCCCCCAGAAAAUUUCCACCAAGACACUAUUUUUCUCCCCCACAAACACUGGUUUGAAAUGGCGAAGGUGCGAGCAAGACACAGCAGUUGCUCUGUUGUUGGCUGCACGAAGCCACACAGAAGUCUGUUUCCAUAGACUACAAGAACGUAGUCAGGAGAGAUAACUAUACUUUCAGUAUUGUGCAUUCACCAAAAGAGCUCCAAGUAACGAGAAAACAGCAGAGCUGUAACAGCAAAAAUCAAUCUAGUUAUAACAGUAGUUUAAUAUCCUCCAAAAAGGAAUUUUUUUUCACUUUUUAUUAGAUUAAAGAUGCUGAACUAACUGUUGUGUGUGUGUGUGUGUGUGUGUAGUUAUGUGUGUAGGCAAAGCUUCGCUCUCUUCAUUGGCUGCUGAAUCAUGAGCACCUGGGUCCACGCUGAGAGUGAAAAUCCUUCGCUCAUUUUUUUGUUUCCUGCUUUAAGAUUUUUAAUUUUUUUUAAUUUUUGACUUAAUUGAUAUUUUAUGUCUUUAGUUAUUGCAUGUCUGUUAUAGCCGAGUUUAUUUGGGUUUGUCACUUCAAGCCCAGUCUAAGAAUGACACGUUAUUGCUGAAUAGCUCCGCAGUUUUAAAGCAUGCUUAUGAGUCAAACUUCCGGAUCUUUAAUUUCCCUGGUGUUUUUCUGCAAUGAUACUCAAAAUGUCAGCUGUGGAAAAAGGAGGACUUGUCUGUGAAAUAUUGCUUUCACCUAAAAAUUGGAAACAGGUUAUUUGGUCAUUCAAAAUAACCGAUAGGUGUAUUUACUCCCAAUGACAGCUGGGAUGGGCUCCAGCCGUCUGAUAGUGGAUGGAUACGAUGAAAAAUGGAAACGUCACAACGUCUUCCAGAUACAGCUGCAGAGACCCUGAAAUCCUGCGAGCAAAUUAGAAAAACUGAAGUUGAAAUUAAAGGAAUAUGAGAAAGGAAAUCAUUAAGAAGACAGUAAUUGUUGCCCAAAUGUGUGUUCUACCAUAAGUGUUCCCACAUCUGCUUUUUACCGACGAACAAUCUGAGUACAUACGUCAGUCCCUCAGUUCUUGUUAGUGUGAGCUCUUCAAGCUGAUGUUUGGUUUUCACAUCCUUGUUUUAUUUUUUUUAAACACCUAACACAAAGUGAAGAACUACAAGACAUUUGUUUAUCAGUUUGUCUUCUGGGAAUCUCAAGCAUUUGCUCUGUGUGUUAAUAGUUACAUUUUUUUUUUCACAUUAACCAUCUCAGAUUUUAAUGAAGCCAAUUGAUGACGCCACCUUUAAAGAAAUGCGGAGUCAUCUGACUUUUUAUUCAUCUAAACACAGACAAAGAGGAAGGGCUGAGGUGGACCUAUAAGGGAUAUUCUGGUGUAAAUUUAAGUUAGGGUCAAACACACCGUAACACCCAGUUAGACACCCCUUCACGGGAUGAAUGUUGUCGCCUGCUUGCUUCUCUAGUUAUACCAACUUCAGGGAAUCAGUCAUGGGAAUGCAAUCAGACCAAGACCCUGAGGCAGAAGAACUACCGCAUCUGCAGUGCAAAAUGAUUAUUAAGAUGAUUAUUACUUCAUGGAAAUGAUCCUCGGUGAUCGACUUGUCAGGGCUCCCCCACAAUCAUCUCCCGAUUUUUGUUUUUUUCAUUUGAAAACGAAAAUUCGUUGGCCAUUAAGUACACGGACUAUAGACCGCUGUGUAUUGCUAUCCUGCAGUCGUUGCUAAAGUUGGUAUAACUACAGAAGCGAGUGGUCGUCAACAUUCAUCUAUCGAGGGGGUGUUUAACUUGGUGUUACCGUGUUUUUGACCAUAAUUUAAUUUCAUGCCGGAAUAUCCCUUUAAUCCUCCUGGCAAACAGCUUUAAGUGAACUCACCACACCCUGGGUUACGCAAUUUAAUGUGUAACUCUCAGCAGUAAUAAUAUUAGGACAGAUUAGUUGUGAUGCACUUCAAUCAUUGCACAGUGCACUGUGAAACAGAGUGUUUUAACAAGCUGUUAACGGCGCCUCUGUGGGUUUUCAGUCGGCCUCAAGGACACACUUUAGCUCCAUUUGUUAACAUAGGAGGCAGCCCGAUUGGUCAUAAAACAGUAUGCCAACUAAGCAGCCAGGGUGACUCUCUUCAGACUUUCUCUCAGACUGGAUUGAGGAUGUGUAUUUUGAAACCAGUACAAAAUAACACUCAGACAUUGUCCUGCUCUUCACAGGAUGUACGAUGUCGGAGGCCAGAGGACUGAGCGGAGGAAGUGGAUCGGUUGCUUCGAGGACGUCAGAGCGGUGCUGUUUGUGGUGUCACUCAGCGGCUAUGAUAUGACCCUGGUGGAAGACACCUCUAUGGUACAGGAACCUUCACAAACGUUCAUGUUCACCACACUGAGCUACAAGAGGGCGUUUUAUAAAAUCUUACCCUGUCAGAUUAUAUUCUGAGUUCAUAAAACCAUGUUUUAAAAAUGACUGAAUGUCUGCCUCUGCGCUCCUCUGCAGCUGUCUGAUCACGUUAUUGUCUUCUCUCUGCAGAAUCGUCUUCAGGAGAGUUUAAAACUCUUCUCAUCCAUCUGCAACAACAUUUUCUUCCGCAGCACAUCUAUGGUAAGGGAAACGUAACUCUCAGAUUUCCUCCAUGGAGACUCGAUGAUUUCGAGUCCUCUUGAGUCAAAGUAGCUGACACAAAAACCUGUCAAAUGAAACACAAACUCUGUGAUCUGUUGGAUGAAUGUUUCCCAAAAACUCACCGAUGGUUGGAGACAAGCAGUUGUAUUUGCACUCUUUGCUGUGCAUCUACGACUGGUUUCACUUGGGCCCUGAUGCUGGGACGUGGCAGAUUCCACAGCAACAGUUUUUACCGAUAAACGGCGGACGACAAAGUUCAGCUGAAGGGGGUGGAAACCGCAGCUCAGUUUGUGGACAGAGCUCGUAGAUAAGUGGAGGAGACACAAGCGAAAUCUCUUUGUUAUCCCUCUUUGUUCUCCAUGACACCACGAGACAAGAAUAACACUAAUGUGUUUGAUGAAUGCUGUUUCCACACACACACCACCAGGGCCCAGUCUCAGCUCUUUGUCUCUUCGUCCCCUGUCACUCGUAAUUAAACGGUGAGUUGUAAUUAGGGCGGGUUUCAGCAGAGUGACAUUUUCCCCUCUCUGUGUUUUUCCUCGCUCAUUUCCGGUAAUUGAGAAUAUAAAAACAAGCGUGUAACAAGCUUAUUCAGUCUAUUCCACUUAACUCUACAUUUGAUGCCCCCCUGAAAAUACAAGUCACCGUAUGAUGACGUGACAGUCUGCUGCUGUUCAAUCCUCGCCUGAUCGAUGGCUUUUAGACUUUUGGGACAAACACAGACUGACAAAAUAAAAAUUAGUUUUUAAGGUGGGGGGGACAUGUGUGACUUGAUUUCUGAUGUGACACGGGGAUUCAAACAUCAAUGUUCAGCUCAGAUUUCUUUAUUUGUUCCAGAAUUCAGUUCCCGCCUUUACGUAUAGCCUGGCAAACAUCACAUCUCGUACACACAGUAACAGAGGAGGCAAUAAAGCCAGCGGGUGGAUGGAAGUACAAACCAGAUACAGGGAUGUAAAUGAAAGCUCCGAUGAAUGUGACAUUACAGAGGGAAGUGAACGCCGCCCUCCUGUAAACUUACAUCAGCAAAUAGCGAAUAGCGAUGUGCAGUAUAGGUCAUAAAUCCCGCCCCCUCCAGUAAUCCCUAUGGAGCUGUGGACAAACUUUAUAAAUUUAUUACACAGAAAAUAAAUUUUUCUCUCCUUUGGUUGUGAUGUUGACAUGUAGUUAUUGUAAGACUGGUUUGUGCUCAAGUCCUCUUUUUUCUGUGAAGCUCCGUCAUUAAAAGUUAUCAGGGGGUUCAUGUUUGGUAUGAUUGACACUUGAUACAGCCUAUGGGUGUACGAAGAUUGCAUAGCUCACCUGGGGGAUACACUGUUUGAGCCGAGCGUCAUCACAGCAACUCUCUGUGAUUCUCCCGCCGGAUGCGCACAAUCCCACUGAGCAUUUUUUGGUCUAACAGACGUCUAAAUAUAGGCUAGACGACUGGUCUAAAACCAGACUACCACAGGUCUAAAAAUAAACGUUUUUUAGACGUCUAAAUUUAGACCAAGUUUAGACUAAAUCUAAAUCUGGGCUAUAUUUAUACUACACUGUAUAUUGCCCAACAGCUAUUAUAAUUAUUUUGGUUAAGUACUUGAAGAUCAGUUUUGCAACUCAGUUGCUUUUUGAAAUAAAUAGUUAUCGAAUAAUGGGUUAAAGUGCAAUGACUGAAUUAUGUCUAAAAUUGUACAGAAUCUAGACGGUUAAAAUUAGGUCUGAAAAAGCUAGAUGUUUAGUAGCCGUCUAUUGCUCAAUGGGAUGCUACUGCACAAGUGGGGGAGUGCGUACGAUGCUACUGUGCAAUGUUGGUUUCAGAAGGUGGAGAUAAAUCACGGAAAUACUGAGAACUUUUCGGCUUCAAAUCCGUAUCUUUUAGUCUGGUAUUAACAUAUAAACAUUUAAAUAAGACCAAAGACAGAAACAUUCAAGAUUAAAUGACCAAAGAUAAAACGUUCAAUACAAACAAGGAAAAAUCUUGUUUGUAUUGAAUGUUUUAUUUAUGAACAGAAUGAAAUAAAGUUAAAAAAAAAGGAUCUUGGAUGUUUUUUGUCUUUGUUCUCUUUUUGUUCUUAGUUUGUUCUUCGUCACUAAAAGAGCCGGAGAGUUGAACCAAAGUGUGUUUUUGUUAAUCAUUUUCUAACCAUAUAAUCCCCAAUUGACGACUUUAUUACAGCCAAAUAGGCAGUUAAAGGUUUUGUGUGUGACGUGUUUAUGUGCAGGGUAAUGUGUGGGCCUGCAUGUUAGCGUGGCUAACAGGCUCAUUAAACAAAAGUGUUUAAUGAUACCUUUUUAACGUGGGAGGGAGAUUUGUAACCUCCACCUCAGUUAACUCUUAAUUACACACCUAGACGUUGCUCUGAAUCAGGCCCGUUGAAAGUGUGCGCUACCUCGUGCCGCCCUUGUUAUUGUUGGGGCUUUCUCAGUUUUUUUUCCUUUUUUUUUCUGAUCAAACAGGACGGAGGAGAGAGAACGUGGUUGCAUUUUUAAUUGGUUGACUACAAAGCUUAAAGUAAAAACGUGGAGGCAGUGACACGAGGAAGUAGAAGCCGUGGAAGAUGUAGCUCAUUUCCUGCGCAGAGGGCUGCACGAGUGAUUAAUCACACAUGAGCAAGGUCAUUGAUCGACGAUCAUCACCACCUGCGGCUGGAAUCAACUCAGCUAUUGAUUUGAAGUCAUUUCACAUAAAUAUCUGUAAAGAGACAAUAACUGAGACGGGAUUACUUUAAACUGAUUUAUUGGUUUGAUUGUUUGGUUAGUUAUUGCUGAGCUGCAGAUGAAGUCUCCAAAUCAAAUCAACAUUUUCUUUCUCUCAGAUCUCCUGGAUUGAUUUUUCUUUUCUAGCUGAACGGAGACCUUUACAUGUCUCAGCUGAUCAUGUGUGUGCUUGUGUGUUUCUUGCAGAUUUUAUUCAUGAACAAGAUAGACCUUUUUCAGGACAAGAUCCUACACUCCGGCCGACAUCUGCGGUUAUACCUGCCUCAGUUUAAAGGUAGGUCGUUUCUCCUUCAGACACUGUCUGAAAUGUUGAUAGGAACAGAUUCUAAUGGCUUAAACUCAACAAUUAAUCAAAAAUAGUGCAAAAAAAAAUGCACCAAAUGUUUCAAAAACAUUGUUUGAAGAGAAAUAAAUGUUCGUUUUAAAAUAUUGAAAUAGUUGAAGGAGCGUCUUCUUUUCAACAGAUCAGGAAGGAUAUGAAAAAGGUGAUUCAGAGAGGAUGAGGUUUACGAAUCUGUGAAGGACUGCGAGACAGUUUCAUAAUAAAGUCCCUCAGAGUUAAACUGAAAAUAAUUUGGAGAUUUCUUGGAGAAAGGGUGAGACUAGAAACCGAAGCUGGGGAGCAACGAUCCUCUGGCCCAAAGGUGGCACUGCCUUAAAAACAGACAUGACUCUGGAGCUGAAAUCAAUGCAUGAACUAAAAACCGCAUCCAUUCACCCAUUCACUCAUAAAAAGGUGGAGCGGGUGGAUCAGUGUGUUGAAAUGUAUCGACACUCUGAGUAAUCAAUGGACUGUAGGAAGGGUGAAUUUACUACAUGAUAGGGUGGCGAUACGUCCUCUUUUACAUGUCAUCUUUUUUGGGGCUGUCUGGCCUUGUCCGGGGGGUGAUAUAUUUCUUUGUAGGAUGGUAGGAGAAAGUCCCGCCUCCUUCGCCUCUGAUUGGCUAGAAAAGCUGGAAACAUCAUCACAUGCUCAAGCCAAACAUGGGCUGUCGGCUCUGUACAUCGAACAGAACUUUACAGAACGUUAUCGCACUUUUGAAUCUCCAAACCCUAACCCGACAGAUGAUGACGUUUCACAUCCAUAAGGAAUAAUCAAUCGGAGCCCAACACCUCUAGCCAAUCAGAGGCAAAGGAGGGCGGGACCUUCCCCUACUAUCCUACAAAAAAAAAGUUCGUGUCAGGGGCAGUUUAUAAAAUCCUUCAAAUGUCCGAGGUUUUGUAUGGAAGUUUUGAGUUUGUGUCGCGUGGACUUACUGACUUAGAAGCGCGUAAAAAACACUCAAACUGCCCACAACUCCGCCCCGCGCAGUCGUGUCCUCUGAAUUUAGAAUAUGGUCAUCCUACUACAUGAUCCAGAUACCCUGGCAACUUCUCAAGACCUAAGUCUGGAUGAGGUGGACUGAGGUACAAUGUUUAACUGUCCUGUGGUCUGCUCGCCUACUCUCUUCCAGCAGCUCCUUGUUUGUAGCGAGACCUCAGGCCAGUCCAUUACAGACUGCUGUGGGGUGACACAGCUCAAGGAAGAACAUUUAUGAUCAUUUCUUCAUGGAAAUGCAAUCAGACCAAGACGCUAAGGCGCAAGAACUACUGCUCUCGAGGGGGUGUCUAACUCUGUGUUAUGGUGUGUUUGACCCUAAAUUAAUUCUACGCCGGAAUAUCCCUCUAACACAGUGGCCAUAUCUCCUCAGUGUUGCCGGUUCCUGCUCUCUCAGGAUGGUUUGAUGCUCUUCCUGUGUCUGUUUGCUUGACAGUAAAUGUUGGAAACAUACUUUUACCAGCUCUCUUUGUUUUGAUUUUCUUUAAACACAAAUUCAUCAAUGGUUAUUUACAGUUGUUUUAAAGUACACAGAGCAACUUCACAGCCUCACUACCUCCCCUUUGUCUCUGAUUAAUGCACUGCUUUAUUUUUAUUUUGGAGUUUUGAUUCUCGGCUCAUUCGUCCUCCAGGAGCAGACUGCGAUGUGGAUUCUGCUGCCCGCUUCAUCGCCGCCACCUUUAUCUCUCUCAACACCACGCCCAGCAAACUCAUCUACCACCACUUCACCACGGCAACAGACACCUCCAACAUCCAGGUGGUUUUCCAGGUGGUCAUGGACACGAUAAUCAGGGAAAACCUGGAGGCUGUGUCGCUCCUGUAGCUGCAGCCCCGGGUCUGAGACAGUCCAUCGUUGGAUGCCUCAGCGUUGCACAGAACAUGAGCUUCAUCUUCAUCUCUACAUGUUUGACUCUCCUCACCAAAAGCUGUGAAGAACGGACGACUCUGCAUAUCCUCCAUCUUUAGGGUUGAGCCCUAAAAUGUUGACUUAUGAAACUGCGUGUUGAGUUUAACGGCAUUUUGAUUAUGAACUAUACUCAAAGAACAGACUGUAUAUGGUGAGGCCACUUUUUAAAAGACUUAAUAUAAACCUAAAUCCCAUUUAUUGGCCAAUCUCUUCUCCUGUGUGUGUGGGCAGGACACGGAGGGUGUGAGGAUUUACUGUUUGUCCGUUACUUCCACGGCACAGGACUCACUCAUGCAUACCGCCAUGUGUUUGCUGCUCAUCCAUCACCGCUGUCCACAUCCUGUGCGUCACACUUUCCUAAUGCUAUCCCAGUUUGUGUUUACUUUUUCUAAACUGAAGUCACUUACUCCCUCGACUCUAACCAGCCGCCGAUGACGCCAGAGUCCCCCUUUUUUUUUUUACUGCUAUGACUGUUUUGUUCCAAUCUCCUAACGCACAUAAACCCCGAUUCGUCAUCCAUGAUCAAACUAAGCGGUUUGUGCGUGCGUUGACUUUGCUGGAGGCUGUUUUAUCACACUUGCUCCUCCGACAUAAGGAGUAAACCAGAUCUGGUAAAGACUGAUUCUGAGAAAAGAGAAAAAACAAACCCUCAAGUGCCUUUUUUUGAUGAUGUGCCUGAAAAGCUCAAAUCUGACAUGUUUGUGUAUUUUUCCACUUUCAGAAACUUUAUUUCAAAGAGUAUCUCAGACUGGUAUUUGUGAAGUUUGUGUUAUGUACUGAGUAAAACUACAAUACAUAUGAAAUGAUGUGUUUCUGGGCUUAUUUAAUGAUCAUUUUUAUCAAAUAUCCUUUUCUUUUCACCAAGUACAUUUCAAGACAAAUUUAAGCCACACAACAGCCUACCAGUGUUUGUUCCUUUUAAUAGAUAAAAUAAAUAAAAGUACUUUCCAGGAAA